AUGAUCGCGUUGGGCACUCUAAUUGCAUUCCUCAGUUCGGUAUCGCUUUUUGGUUUCGGCCAAACGCAGGUGCCGUCAAGUUUCUAUCUGCCACCGGCGACAAGUGAAAGUAUUGCGGCGACACCGCCACCAAUUAUUACGAAACAGUUCUACAGCGUAUCGGCUGCUGAGGAUUCCGAGGAGCUGCAGCCGCGCACAAAGCAUCUACUAAUUGGACGAGCGAUGCGCACCUAUCGUGUCAUCUUCAUCCGUGCACCCAGUGCUCAAAGCGAGUCCGUUAAAUAUACGACGGAGUUGGCGCCACAGGAGGAGCGAACGGUUAUCUAUGUGUUGAGCCGCAAACAGCCGGAGCUGGAGGCGCACGAUAUUCAGCCACCCAAGCGGCAGACGGUAGCGUCCACAAAGCCAGACGUCUUCUUCAUUCGAUACAGGACGAACGAGGAGGCGGCCGCCGCCGAGCGUGAGAUCCAAACGCAAUUCGAUGAACUGGGCGGUAAUACGGAACAUGCAGCUCCAUAUGUAGCGGCCGUGCACUCAGUAGUCGGUGCAGUGGAUGCAGCUAUUCCAGCUAGUCAACCACCAGCUGCUACAGCCGGCUAUGCAUACCAAAAACCCACGGCACGUUUCUUCUGA